UUGCGGGCAGUCGAAACAUUUAAAAUGGACAGAAUAAAAUUUAAAGGAGUUUUGUUUCUGAUGGUCCUUCAAAUAUUAUUGGUGGCUACAACAACUGGAGAUGAAACGUAUGAAUCAGACCAAAAAACUGUGAAACCGUUGCUCGAUAUUAUUAGACAGCUCAGAAAUAAGUUAGAACAAAGUGAAACUAAGGAAAAGCAGAUAAGUGAAUUAAAUUCUGAUCUUAUGGAAAAAUAUUAUGAAAUUGUAAGAAUUCAUGAAACAUUCAUGAAGGAGGCAGCUCUAUUAAAUGAGUAUAAAAACAAAGUAAUCAAAGGGGACAACGAUUUGCAAUUGUGUAAAAAUAAAGUUGAUAAAUCUGAAUCUGAAAUUAAUUCACAACAAAAUAUAAUUCUUAAAUUAAAAGAACAACUAACAGAUAAAUCGACCAACUUAGAAAAUUGUCAAGUUCAAUUAAAAUCUGUUAAUUCUAGUUUAAUUGAAAAAGAUGAAAAUAUAAAAAGAUUUAGUGAGAAUAUUAAAAAUAACACAGAACGUCAAAAAACACUUGAGUUGGAAUUAGAGAAGAGUAAAUCUAUAAUAAUAAAACAUGAAAAAGAUAUUCAGUUAUGUCGUUCAGAAAACAACAAAUUAAAUAGGACAUCAGAGAACAUUAGAAAAGAACAGAAAAAGUUUCAAUUGAAAUUAACAGAAAGUGAAACUAAGCUAAGUCAAUCUGAACUUGAUAAAUUAAAUGCCACAACAUGCCUCCCUUUCGGAGAUUAUUCAGGAGUUCAUCAACUCAAUGUCUCUGGCAUAGGUUUAUUCAAUGUUUUGUGCGAUAGUCAGUUAGCUGGACCUGGAUGGAUUGUAAUACAACAACGAGUUAGGGAAUAUGAGAAUUUCACUAGGGAUUGGGCAACGUAUCGCAAGGGUUUCGGUUCUUUUGAAAGUGAUUUCUUUCUUGGAUUAGAGAAAAUACAUCGUAUCACGAGCUUGCAGCGUUUCGAACUUUACAUACAUUUGGUUGCACUGAAUGGAAGAACCUACAACGCUCGUUAUGACGACUUCAAAAUAUCCGAUGAAGAUAAUGGAUAUGCACUGAAUUUGGGUAAAUUCAAUGGAACUAAUAUUGAUGAUGACAUGAGAGACAGUGAAAACAUGAAAUUCACAACAUUCGAUCACGACAACGACGAAGAUGAUAAUCGUAAUUGCGCAGUCUGGCAUGAAAGUGGCUGGUGGUACAAUGAUUGUGAUAUUUGUAGCUUAAAUACACCAUAUCCAUUUUGUUGGAACUUUCCAAGUGGGCAAUUCAUUUUCCUUAAAGAAGUUAAGAUGCUAAUUCGCCCCACAGAAGAGAUGAAGAAGUGAUAAACUGAAAAGCUGAAAUUCCCACAUUUGACUCAAUUAUGUAAUCAUUCAUAUAUAAUUGGUGCAUGAAGAAAUUGCGUUCUGAAAAAUAAAACGAUCGACGAUU